UUAUUUGCCUUUUUUUUUCAGGAGCGUACCCCAUCAAGUUUUACCCUAAAGUGCUAGUAGACAUAAGUGGUGUCGCCGAGUUACGCUCCCACUAUCUAGACGUCAACUUGGUUUUAGGAGCUAACACGACGAUUGCUAACACAAUCCAAUUGUUUGACGAACUGAGCAAAACCAAUGCCGACUUUUGGUACUUGAAAGUCUUGAGAAAACAUUUAGAGGAAGUUGCUCACAUACCUGUUCGGAACAUUGGUACAUUAGCUGGGAAUUUAAUACUGAAGCACGAGCACCCCGACUUUCAGUCGGAUAUUUUCCUUUUGUUUUCGUGUGUUGGAGCGAUUGUUACUCUAGUGGACCGUACAAUGAAUCAAACGGAGCUGAGCCUGCCUGAGUUUUUGACUACAAAUAUAGUGGGCAGAGUCAUGACGCAAAUUAAACUGCCUCCCUUAUCAAGACAUCAUGACAUAGUGACUUACAAGAUACCAGCAAAAGAACAAAAUGCGCAUGCUGAAGUGAAUGGAGCUUUUCUUUUCAAAUUCGAUCCCAAGUCUCAUAAAGUGAUUGAAGCAUCAAUUGUAUAUGGAGGAAUAAAUCCGACGUUCACUCAUGCUUAUAACACAGAACAGUUCCUCAUUGGACGGAAUCUAUUCACAAAUGACACGUUGCAAGGUGCUCUACAUUGCUUGGAGAAGGAAGUGGAUCCAAACUUUAAUCCGCCGGAACCUAAGCCGCAUUUUAGGAAGAAACUUGCUUUAGGUUUAUUUUAUAAGGCCGUCAUCAAACUGUGUCCACGCGAAAUCCUGAGCCCAAAAUACGCAUCAGGCGCCACAACCGCCUACGAAGACCGGCCUCCCGUGAGCCGUAGUUACCAGGAGUACGACACAAACAGACCGGACUACCCCAUCACUCAGCCGCUGCUGAAGAAAGAGGGCCUGAUCCAGUGCGCGGGCGCGGCCAAGUACGCUGACGAUAUACCUAGAAUAUCAGAUGAAGUGUUUGCCUCAUUCAUCGUUUCUACAAUUGCGCGAGGUGAAAUAGAAAACAUCGAUUACGCCGAUGUCCUUAAAAUUGAAGGCGUGAUUGCGGUUUACACUUCUAAAGACAUCCCAGGAGUGAACAGCAUCGUGCGUGGAGACUUCCAACUUUUGUUCGAAAACGAAGAACUUUUCGCAGACGACAAAAUAUACUAUUACAACCAACCAGUGGGACUAGUUGUGGCCGAAACGCAAGUCAUAGCAGAUAAAGCGGCAUGUCUUGUUACUAUGAAGUAUAAGAAUAUUUCGAAGAAACCAAUAAUUUUCACUAUACAAGAUGCUAUUGACGCGCCGCCGUUGGAAAAUAGGCUUAUAACCUAUGAAGGGAUUACUCCUUCAGAUAGAGGAGUAAACGUACAAAGAAUAAUAAAGGGUUCCUUCUACUCCCCGAGACAAUAUCACCAUAUGAUGGAAUUGCAUGCGACACUCACGUCCCCAGUGGACAAUGGCUAUGAAAUAGAUUGCUCUACCCAGUGGAUGGAUAUCACUCAGGCAGCUAUUGCGCAGCUACUUAAUAUUCCUAAUAGCUUAGUGAGAGUUCGAACAAGACGUUGCGGGGGUGCGUUUGGUUGCAAGAUAGCUAGAAAUAUGUUCGCUGCGUGUGGCACAGCCCUAGUGGCGUAUAAGCUGAACAGGCCUUGCCGCAUAGCCAUGCGCAUGCCGGAUAUUAUGCGCAUCACUGGAAAAAGACCAGAUAGCAGGCUUGAUUAUGAGGUCGCCGUUGACGGAAACGGUCAAAUCCAAUAUUUAGAUGGAACCUUCUACGUGAAUGACGGCAUGUCGAGAAAUGAGAAUGAAAACUCCUACGUUACGGAUUCUAUGAAAAAUUGUUACAAUCCUGAUCGAUGGAAGGUUGAUUCUUUCGGAGCUAUCACUGACGCUCCGACUAAUUGCUUUAUGAGAGCACCCGGUAAUUUUGAAGGCAUUGCAGCUAUUGAACAUAUUAUGGAACACAUAGCUAAAGAAAUAAAAAGAGACCCUAUAGAGGUCCGUUUCAACAACUACCGAGUUGAUGACAACCAGCUACCGGAAAUUGUCCCCGAGUUUCUAAAGAAAAGCGAUUUUAACAAGAGACUAGAAUAUAUAAAGGAGUUCAAUGCCAAAAAUCGUUGGAAGAAACGAGGAUUAAAGCUAAAUAAUAUGGCUUUUCCUACACAGUAUCUCGGGAAUUAUGGAGCUUUAGUUUCUAUCUACCACGGAGAUGGAAGCGUAGCAGUUAAUAUAGGCGGCAUCGAGAUAGGGCAAGGCAUUAAUACUAGGAUAGCGCAAGUAGCAGCUUCAGAGUUGAAGGUACCGGUCGAGAAGGUACACGUUCUGUCGGCGUACGAUUUCGCCACCCCUAACAAUUUUUCUACGGCGUCGAGUAUAACUACUGAAUGCUGUGCUCUAUCUGUGAUAAGAUGUUGUCAGCAACUCAACGCAAGGUUAGCUCCGUUCCGUGCACUCAUGCCGGAUGCUACAUGGGAACAAGUGGUCUUUGAGGCUGAUCUUCAAGGAGUUCUGCUGCAGGCGAACUUCGAGACGAGCCCGAAUGACCCUCGCUUGCAAAAUUAUUCUAUAUUCGGUGUCGCCGCGACCGAAGUGGAAAUAGACGUGUUGACUGGCACGAAGUACAUAGUUCGCGCGGAUAUAUUUGAAGAUGCAGGGCGCACUAUUAAUCCGGCUCUGGAUGUUGGACAGGCAAGUAUUAUAUCCAAACCCUGUUAUCAAUAUAAUAUUGCAAUUCAUUAAAAAUCAUGGGUGGUAUUGAAUUCAUACAUUAUUUCUCCUAUUAGGAUCAAAAG